CCCAUUGAUCACUUUCACCGACUUCAACAGCAAAAAGAAAGAAGAGGUAUCGUCAAUGAUGAACACGUAUUUGUAUGUGAUCUUGUAUAUAAACGUGCUACAGGCGUGGGCUUCCUUCUCGUUAAAUUUCAUACUUAUUUAUCAUUUUUAUGUGAUUCUUCCGCGUUGAACUGACAUGAUAAGAGAGGAAAAAAGAUGACAUCCAACUGCUGCUAGUUCGAUUAUAUGACAACGAUGGAUGUCUUUGCUUCUAAGAAUGGCCUUCUCUGUUAAAUUGCUUUAAAAUAGAAAAUGAAUCUUUGAUGAACCACAGGAGCCUCGCUACACCUACCAUGCGAGCAAAUUUUACGAAGUUGGGCGCCUCCUAAUAGAAAGAUCUUGCAGUAUGUUUGGAGAAUGAGAUAUCAGCUAUAAUCAGACACACACAAAAAAAAAAAAAAAAAAUUACGACCGUGACCUGAGACACCGCCACAAUGCUUCACCUAAACCGAACGUUGAGGUCGCGACGAAGAAAGUUAGACUACACCUGGAUAUUUGUUAUAAUGACAGCAUUCUUUCUACUAUGUUCUGUCUUUUCAAUCAUGUUCAAUUCAUUUAAUAAAAACGCACCUUCUCGGAAAUACAGUCAUUUGAUAGACUGGGAUGGACGGAUAUAUGUGGCGCCGAAAAACAAAACAAACUUUUCAAGGAAGAGUUUUUAUCAGUAUUCAUCACCAAGAAAUAAUAUGUGCUUUUUUUCAAGUUUCCUAGAAGAGGAAGGGAUGCCCAAACUUCAUUCAGCAUUCGCUGAUCCCGUAUCCCACAAUGUGGUCUUCAUCGGAACGCGGUUACUUGAAGACAACUGGACCCGCGAAACAUUCGUCACCCAUUUUGAAAGUGGGGAGCGCAGAUUGUGUGAUCCCAUUGUAGAGGAUUAUUUUAGCUUUGGAUAUAUCUCUCAGUUCAACAUUGUUCUGACGUGCCCACUUCCAUCGUCCCUGUACCAGAGUCUACAGUUUACCUUGAGUCUUCAGCGCAUGACCAAUGUCAAGAAGUAUCGCAGGUACGCAUAUGACAACCUGACAAUUUGCCAGUCGGGAUCGUCUAACUUUAAAAGGUAUCACCUAUCAGCCUGCACCAUGGUAAGAAACAUGGAUCACUACCUACCAGAGUGGAUUGCCAUACAUCGAUACGUUGGUGUCCAACAUUUCUUUCUCUAUGAUAACGAGCCAGAGGAAACGAGCAAACUCAGGCAGACUGUUCGUCGUGAGAUCGCAGAGGGCGUCGUUACAGUCAUACCCUGGACACACAUUGCCUUGGGACAGAAAACGUAUUUAGAGGUUCAGAUUGCCCAUGAAAACGACUGCCUGUGGAGAAACAGGUACCGAACGAAAUGGAUGAUCAAGAUUGAUGUUGAUGAGUUCGUGCAGCCAAUGAAUGAAAGCAAACGAAAAAUAACCGAUUAUCUCGAAGGUCCAAAUUUUGAAACGAUGGGGGCCGCGAGAUUGCAGAACUGGUUUUUUGGACGCCAUUCAGCCGAUAAGUCGGCAAUGGCUACCAAUGGUUCAAUCAUAGAAAGAAAUAUCUGGAGGCCAAGCUAUCCUUCGCCACAGAACUGCGGCCGUGACAAAAACAUUAUUCAACCAAAGUAUGUCCAUUAUUUUAAAAUCCAUGCAAUCAAAAUAGGAGCAGAGGCAAUCUCUUUGAACCCCUACAACGAGCUGCGGUUAGUGCAUUACAGGCAAGACAAUUCACGCGUUAGACAUUUUGAUCUUCCACCAUUCACACACCAAGACUUCAGUAUGGUGAAGCUAAUACGAGAAGCAAGGAAGGCACAAUGAGAUAAUAGGAGCCUAAUCUGGUGAAAAUCUUUAAUUAACGAAAAAUGACAACGAAGUUAAUGACGGCGUUAUUCUAGAAGAAUUUUAUAGAUUUAAAAAAUUAAUUUUAAUAUUUGCCAUUUCUAUGCAUGAAUCAUUUUGUAUCAAGGCCUAACAUGCGAAUAUAAUGACAAGUUUUUCGCGAAAGCAUGAAGUAAAAAAGACAAAUAUAAAGAUGAAUGAUUCUUAAAGAUUAAUUAUAAAUGCUUUGAAUAGUAUGGGUUUUAUCGAGGGCAGAAUGAGAAAGAUAUAUCCUAAAACCACUACCGCCGGUGUGGCGGAUUAUUACGUUAAUUUCAUCAGCAUGCUAUCAGUUUAACUACUAGUCUUUGCUAUUAUUUUGGUUCGAGUUUUAGAUAAAAAUAUUUCUGUUCCAACAAGCAUCUUACAUCAUUAAUUUAGUUAUCAUUUAAGAAAUUAUGCAGUAACAACACAUACCUUGGUCGUCACAUUAUCGGAAUGCGGAAUAAUAUUUAUUGGGUAAAUAAAGGGAAGGACCGUUUUGACGAUACAUUGAAUUUGAUAAAAACUAAUAGUACGAUUGGGAUGAAGGUUUUACCGAUAUUCAUUACGACAUUAUAUAUAUAUAUAUAUAUAUAUAU